AUGCUAUCAGGUGUGCUGCUGGUUUCCCUGAGCCUUGCCUGCGUGUGCUACACUGCGGUUCUGCCCGGGGAUGCUUUCGUGGGUCCGACAGCUGCGCCAGCGACAGGCGCAGGCUCCACUGCAGGCCGGCUUGCCCUGCGGGGUGCUCAGAGCUCCGGGCCGGCCCCGACCUCCGCUUUUGGAGGAAGCGCCGCCUUGGGUGCCUCUGCUGCUGCCCUGCUGCUGCUGAAGGCAGCCCACAACGUCAGGAGGAAAGACGCGACUCGCAGCCCUGUGCGCACGAUAGUGAAGGCAGAAGGCGAGGGCAGGUCGCUGGAGUCUUUGGAAGUUGGCGAGGAGGUUUCGGGCACCGUUCAACGCGAUGCAAAAAUCGGCGUCUACGUCGACAUCGGUGCUGAAAAGCCCGCCCUUCUUCCUCGGAACAUGGUUCCGAAGGGUCAGCAGUACGAAGCCGGCGACGUGAUAACGGGCUUGAAGAUCUGGCAGGUCGAGACGGGAGACACUCCAGCAACUCGGAAAAUCAGGGUGACAUUGGGCGAGCUGCCCACCUCCUUCUCCGAAGGUCAAAAGGUCAAGGGGAAAGUCUCCACCAAGCAGAGCUAUGGUGUCUUCUUUGACAUCGGCGGAAUGAGGGAUGCACUGGCUCCGGCAAGAAGCUUGAGCAAGCGGCCGGAUCAGUAUGCCGAAGGGGAGGAAGCCGAGCUGGAGGUGCUCUCCAUCGAGGGUGACAAGAUCACCGUCGGCAUCGUGGGAGUGGCCGCUGCUGCCGCUGAGCAGUCCGCUGCCACAUCCAAGGCCCUCUCGCAGCUCAAGCUAGGCCAGGACAUCGAAGGCACCAUCGCCCGAGUCAACCCGGAGUACGGUCUGUUCAUCAACAUCGGAAUCGGCAUUGAUGCUCUUUGCACGCCAUCUCAGCUGGACAAGGCGAUCGAGGAAUACAAGGAAGGCGACAAGAUCUCUGUGAAGGUGGCCAACGUGGAUGUAGUGAAGGAGCAGGUCGCAGUCACCACCCGACCCCUGGCGUCACAGGCCAAGGUCGGCGAGAAGGUGGAGGGCACGAUGUUGAGCGAGUCCAAGGCCGGCAUUUUCUUCGAUGCCGGCUACUCCAGGGACUUUCUCGCCCCAAACAACCUGCUCAGCAAGCCGAAGGACGAAUACACACGUGGCGAGGUGGCUGAUCUGACUGUAAUGCAAGUCGACGGAGACCGCGUCACGGUGUCGGACAAGGAGGAUGUGGGUAAGCCAGUUGGAAGCUUCGUCCGUGGUCAAGAGGUUGCUGGAAAGGUCGUUCGCUACAUGGACAGUGUGGGCAUCUUUAUGGACAUUGGAGCUUCCCGGGAUGCGCUCUGGCGCACGAAGGGGCCAGGUGCCACAGUGCUGCCCAAGGAACCUCAGGAGUAUGCGGCCGGUGAAGAGGUGUCCGGCCUGAUCGUCACCCGCCUGGAUGCCGCAGCGCAAACCCUGGAGGUUGCGAUGCCCGGCGCAGAGUUGGUCGCGACAAGCCUGUCCAUGGAGACCUUGAAGGUCGGCGAGGAAGUCUCAGGCACCGUCACGAAGACCAUCGCCUUCGGCGUCUUUGUCGACAUCGGUGCCGAGAGGGACGCUCUCUAUGCCAUCUCGCAGCUGGAGAAGCCUCUUUCCGACUACCAGCCCGGAGACAAGCUGGAAGGCCUGCGCGUGACGGAGGUGGAUGCUCAACGUCAGCGCCUGGGCGUCUCUGCACGCCCCGUUGCUGGAGAGUACGAAGUGGGCCAGGAGGUUACUGGCAAGGUCACGAAGAUCAUGGAGUUCGGCCUCUUCGUCGACAUUGGUGCGUCCGUGGACGCUCUGGCUCCGACCGCCCUUCUCUCCGGUGACACGAGUGAGUAUACGGAGGGUCAGGUGCUCGAGGAUCUGAAGGUGACACGAGUGGAUAUCCCUGGGAACAAGAUCGCAGUUGGGCAGCAAGCAGGCGCCGGUGAUUCGGAAGCAACGACCAGCAUUGACAAACUCGAGGUCGGAUCCAAGGUGAGUGGCGUCGUUCGCGGUAUUCGGGAGUAUGGUAUCUUCGUGGACAUCGGCCUCGGGAGAAUGGAUGCCCUCAUGCCAAACUCCAUGUUGGGUGAUGUUACCUCGGCAGCCUUCAAGCCCAACCAGAAGAUCGAGGUCUACAUUGCACAAGUCGAUGCAGCACAGAACCGCGUCACCGUGAGUGCCGUGGAGCCCACUGCGGAGAUGCGGCAGCGUCGUGGCAGGGGCAGCGGUGGUUCUACCGGGGCAUCUCUUGACAGCUACAUCCCUCAGGGAUUCAUGAUCCCGGACCCCAAGCGGCACGCGGAAAUCAUCGGGCGCGAAGACCUGAUGGAUCCGGAGCCGAUUCCCUGGUACGAGUGGGCAGAGAAGUUCCCCGGGUUCAUCCGAUUCAAUGAGAAGGACCAGGUGAUCACUAUUUCCGUGCGAGCCCACGGCUUCUAUGGUGAGAAGGAGCUGCGCCAGGCCUUCCCAGCCCACCUCCCGGUCCCGGCGCAUCUGCAGAAAGCCGAUGCCAAGCCAGCCACAAAGGAAGACUUCUUCGUGAAGCUCGAGGACCAGCCGAUGCCAAACUAUGAUGUCGGCAUCAAGCCAGAGAUUCACACCAAAUACCGUCAGCCGCCGCUCAACGACCCCAACUGGCGUGAGUUCCCCGUGCCGGAUCGGAAGCCUAUCACCAUGGACUUCAAGACCAUCGUGGAGCGUGCUGGGCCGUUUGUGCCCACUGAGAAACCCGGCCUCAAGAAAGCGAAGGAGGCGGAUGGCGAUGACUGA